AUGUCAUUCCGGCGCCAUCACUUGGCAGCUGCAGUAGCAAAUUUACUAUUGGCCUCAUUGACAGUUUGUCAAGCCAGCAGCCCUUCAGCAAUCGUCAUCCCCCUGAGUCAGUACUUGGGCAUCUUUGGGAUCAACAACCAGCCGUUGAACUUCACGUCACUUGGCAACUUUUCUUCACCUUCAUUCCUUACCACUCUGAAAGACCAGAAGCGCAUCCCAUCUCUCAGCUGGAGCUACACCGCAGGCGCGAUCUAUCGUCUGAAAAAGGUUUAUGGUCAAUUGAUCUUCUCUGGCUACGAUACCUCUCGCUUCCCCGAAAAUGCCCUUACCUUCACCAUGGCAGACGAUAUCACCCGUGAUCUUGUGGUAGCGCUUCAAGCUAUUACAUACAGCGGCGCUGAUCAGGCCUCUCUGCUACCUUCACCCAUCAACAUCUACAUUGACUCGACUGACCCCAAUAUCUGGCUACCAGAGUCAGCUGUCAAAGCCUUUGAAUCCGCAUUCGACCUCACCCUCGAUGAAGACAGCAGCCUAUACCUAAUAAAUGGCACGCACCACAACUCGCUUCUCAAGUCCGACGCCGAGGUCACGUUCCGCUUGUCAGAUGUUCUCGAUGGUGGCGAUACCGUCACAAUCACGUUGCCUUACCAGGCAUUCGCGCUCCGGGCAGAGUAUCCGUUGGUUGAGAAGAGUAGCUAUUACUUCCCUCUCAAGCUGGCCGUCAACGAGUCACAGUACACGCUUAGACAGACCUUUCUGCAAGAAGCCUAUCUAACGGCCGACUACGAACGACACGUGUUUAAUGUCUCACAGUGCAGCUGGGAUGGGGGAGCAGAAGAGACUCUCGUCACCAUUCUUCCCAAGGGCUCCCGGUCCGGUUCGACUCCUGAUGACGGAAAGAAUUCAGAUCCGUCAGAUCAAGAUCUGCCAGAUGACUCUUCCGACAACAAGGCACAGAAUUCAUUGAGUACUGGUGCAAUCAUCGGCAUUAUCAUUGGAGUCGUCGCUGUCAUCGCUGCCGCCGGAGCCUUCAUCAUAAUCCGGAGACGUCGACAGUCCGCAAAGCAAGCGCCAAAUGGGCCAGCGCGGAAUGAGGAGACUGAUACAGGUGCAGACUCUCCUGGGUUCGGCAAGAGCGAGUUGCAUGCGGAUGCUAUCAAACCCCAUACGGAACUGAUGGGUGACGUUCAUCACUUCCACGAACUACAUUCUGAAUCGAAAGAGGCAGUAGGCCAGACGGGGAGGUGUUCUCCAUUGUAUGAGCUAGUGGGGAGCGAUGUGCCAAGAGUUCCGGCAGAGUAUAGCAAUCAGCCAUCUCCGGCUCUAUCAGUGGCCGAUGGUGUGGAAGGAGAAGCCCGUUCAACCAGUCCUUUAACGGAAACCAGCUCGAAGAAGGGUGAGGUUCCCAAGGCAUAA